UAUCACUUCUGCCUGUGAGAUGCCGAGAGAUUAUAGACCACAAAUAUAAAAAAAUAAUAAUAUUUUUGUUAAUAAUUCUGAUAGGAACAUGGGGAUUUGGGAAUAUACUCUUUAUUUGACCACCACAGCCUGCCUAUGGAGUGUGUCGCUUCAGGGAGAGCAUCAGAGGAGACUCUACAGAGACCUGAUGAAAGACUAUAACCCACUGGAGAGACCCGUGUUCAAUGACACACACUCACUCACUGUGUAUUUCACCUUCAGUCUCAUGCAGAUCAUGGACGUGGAUGAGAAAAACCAAGUACUUACAACCAACAUUUGGUUGCAGCUGUACUGGUAUGACUACUAUCUUCAGUGGAACUCCUCUGAAUAUCCUGGAGUGACGAAUGUGAGAUUCCCUGACAGUCAGAUCUGGAAGCCUGACAUCUUACUUUAUAACAGUGCCGAUGAAAGGUUCGACGCCACAUUUCACACUAAUGUGCUGGUCAACUCCUCUGGUGCCUGCCAAUACCUCCCGCCAGGGAUAUUCAAGAGCACCUGCUACAUCGACGUCCGCUGGUUCCCCUUUGACCUUCAGAGGUGUGAUCUGAAAUUCGGCUCCUGGACGUAUGGCGGGUGGUCUCUGGACCUGCAGAUGAUUGAUGCUGACAUCACAGGAUAUAUCGCUAAUGGAGAGUGGGACCUUGUGGAGGUUCCAGGUCGAAGGAAUGAGAAAUUCUACGACUGCUGUAAGGAGCCGUACCCAGACGUGACAUUCACCGUGGUGAUGCGGAGACGGACGUUGUACUACGGACUGAAUCUGCUCAUUCCCUGUGUGCUCAUCUCCACUCUGGCUCUACUCGUCUUCCUGUUGCCGGCCGACUCAGGAGAGAAGAUCUCUCUCGGGAUCACAGUCCUGCUCUCACUGACAGUUUUCAUGCUUCUGGUAGCAGAGAUAAUGCCGGCGACAUCCGACUCUGUACCCUUAAUAGCUCAAUAUUUCGCCACCACCAUGGUUAUUGUUGGACUGUCUGUGAUAGCCACAGUCUGGGUAUUACAGUAUCACUACCAUGAUCCGGAUGGAGGAAAAAUGCCUAAAUGGACCCGUGUGGUGCUGUUGAACUGGUGCGCAUGGUUCCUGCGGAUGAAGAGGCCUGGCGAGGACAGAGUUCGCUCAGCUUGUCACAAUAAGCAUCCGCGCAGCAGCGUCUCCAGCGUGGAUCUGAACAUCAGCACUGGAGCCACACAGUCCACCAAUGGAAACCUGCUGUACAUCGGCUUCCGUGGGAUGGACACUCUUCACUACGCCACUUCCCCGGAUUCAGGGGUGAUCUGCAGUCGACUCGUCGCCUCGGGAGAGGAAGAUGUGCUUCUCCCUGGAGCUCCGGCGUCUUCUGUUAGCAGCGGCCCUAGCGAAACUGAACUCUCCAAAAUCUUGGAUGAGGUUCGGUACAUCGCCAAACGCUUCCGGGACCAAGACGAGGAAGAGACUUUGUGUAACGAGUGGAAGUUUGCAGCUUCUGUCAUUGACCGUCUUUGUCUCAUGGCCUUUUCCCUGUUCACCAUUCUCUGCACCAUUGGUAUCUUAAUGUCUGCCCCAAACUUCGUAGAGGCCAUAUCCAAGGAUUUCUUCACCUGAGGCCAAGGCCCUAUUGUAGUUAUUUUUACUUCUCAGAGCCUCUUAAGUGUAAAAAUAUACUUAUUUUAUAGAUUAACACUCUAAAAUUUGACAUGAAAGAAAUAGUUCACCCAAAAACUGGAAGUGAGCAGAGUGAACAUUCAGCUCAACGUCUCCUUUUGGUUUUCACGCAACAAAGGCAAUUAAACAGGUUUGAAACGACAUGAGGGCGAGAAAAUAAAUCAUUAAAUGAUGAACCGGUCCUUCAAGACAGGUUUCAACGUAGUGUUUGUGUAGUAGUGGCUCUAUAAAUGUGAUGUAUCAAUUGUAGUGUGAACCAGAGACAAGACUAGCCUCAUAUGCACUUUAUAAAAGUGUGUUUGUUUUUUUAUUAGUUAACUAUUUGCUCCACCUAAAGAACAUGCAUUCAUACAUUUCCUGUCUUGUUGUGUCUGCCAUCAUGCUUUGUCUGUCACUGCUGUUGUAUAUCUUCAAGCUCGUGUCUUUAUUCCAGUGUGUAACUGCUGGUGAAUCAGUCAGUGUAUGUGAUGAUAUGAAGGUGGAGAUUGCAGCCUAUUUUUUCUUUUAAAAUAUUGUACAGUAUAAUGACAAAUAAACUUAUUUUUGUAGGUUGCAUCUGA